GAGCGGAGGGAGCGGGAUCGGCGGCGCGAUGAACCUGGAGCUGCUCGAGUCCUUCGGCCAGAACUACCCCGAGGAGGCGGACGGGACGCUGGACUGUAUCAGCAUGGCGCUGACGUGCACCUUCAACCGCUGGGGCACGCUGCUGGCCGUGGGCUGCAACGACGGCAGGAUCGUCAUCUGGGACUUCCUGACCCGCGGCAUCGCCAAGAUCAUCAGCGCCCACAUCCACCCCGUGUGCUCGCUGUGCUGGAGCCGGGAUGGGCACAAGCUGGUCAGUGCCUCCACUGACAACAUCGUGUCGCAGUGGGAUGUGCUGUCCGGGGACUGUGACCAGAGGUUCCGCUUCCCCUCGCCCAUCCUCAAAGUCCAGUACCACCCCCGGGACCAGAACAGGGUGCUGGUGUGUCCCAUGAAGUCAGCCCCGGUGAUGCUGACCCUGUCAGACUCCAAGCACGUGGUGCUGCCCGUGGACGACGACUCCGACCUCAACGUGGUGGCGUCGUUUGACCGGCGAGGGGAAUACAUCUACACCGGGAACGCCAAGGGCAAGAUCUUGGUCUUAAAAACAGACACUCAGGAUCUUGUUGCUUCCUUCAGAGUGACCACAGGGACCAGCAACACCACGGCCAUUAAAUCCAUCGAGUUCGCCCGCAAAGGGAGCUGCUUCCUGAUCAACACGGCCGACCGCAUCAUCCGCGUGUACGACGGGCGCGAGAUCCUGACCUGCGGCCGCGACGGCGAGCCCGAGCCCAUGCAGAAACUGCAGGACCUGGUCAACAGGACCCCCUGGAAGAAAUGCUGCUUCUCAGGGGAUGGCGAGUACAUCGUGGCUGGCUCUGCCCGGCAGCACGCGCUCUACAUCUGGGAGAAGAGCAUCGGCAACCUGGUGAAAAUCCUGCAUGGAACCCGUGGAGAGCUCCUGCUGGACGUGGCAUGGCAUCCGGUCCGGCCCAUCAUCGCCUCCAUUUCCAGCGGGGUGGUUUCCAUAUGGGCUCAGAACCAGGUGGUGAGAGCUGAUGCUGCAGAGGAUGAGGAGGUGGAUGUGACCAGCGUGGAUCCCAUCGCCGCCUUCUGCAGCAGUGACGAGGAGCUGGAGGAUUCCCGUGCUCUGCUGUACCUGCCCAUCGCCCCCGAGGUGGAGGAUCCCGAGGAGAAUCCCUACGGGCCCCCUCCCGACGCCGUCCCGGCCGCGCUGCCCGACGACGCUCUGGGCCCCGACAAGAAACGGCCCAGCCCCUCGGACGGGCCCCAGGCCCCCAAGAAAAAACCCAAAACCACCAACAUCGAGCUCCAGGGAGUCCCCAAUGACGAGGUGCACCCUCUGCUGGGCGUGAAGGGCGACGGUAAAUCCAAGAAGAAGCAGGCGGGCAGGCCCAAAGGAUCAAAAGCAGGCGGCGCGAUCUCGGAGUUGCUAUGAAGAUUCUCCCCCCGCCUCUCCCCCUUCUCCUUUCCUCUCCCGGCUCUCCCCAGCGCUGUGGAAUUCCCAGCUGGGACUGGCACAGACCGAAUUCCAUGGAUUCAGGGCGGGGAUUUGGGGCAGGAGAGGCUCUGGAAGAGGGAGCGGCCUCCGUCCUCCUGCUGCCCCUGCACGGACCUGGCACAGCUGGCACAGCUGGAGAAGGCUCGGACUGAGCUCCACUUGGGAAUUUUGGGGACAAAUCCCUGCUCCGAAGUGACCUGAGCCCCUUCCCUGAGCUCCUUUCGUCUCCCAAAAUCUCUCAUCAUUCCCGGAUGGAAGAACUCCCCAGGGUGUGAAUGUGGAUUCCUGCCAAGCCUCCCUUUUCCAGCUGGGAAUUCCCAUCUGCCUCAGCCCAUUCCUGCCCAGAUUUUCAGGAAUUUCCAGUGGGAUGUGAGGAGUUGGAAUCUGCUUUGCUUUUGUGUUUAUUUUUCCCACUCUGCCAGUGGCAGAAGGAGCAGGUUUA